CCGCACGCACCCAACCCAGACCUAGCGACCGCCAUGGCGCCGCCGCCGCCGCCGCCGCCGCCGGCGCUCCCGGACGAGCUCGUCGAGGAGAUCCUCCUCCGCCUCCCGCCCGACGACCCCGCCUGCCUCCUCCGCUCCUCCCUCAUCUCCAAGGCCUGGGGCGGCGCCGUCUCCGGCCCCGGCUUCCGCCGCCGCCUCCACGAGCUCCACGGGGCACCCCCAAUGCUCGGCCUCCUCCACAACCAGGCCAGCGAGCCAACCCGCUUCUUCGCCCCCACCACCGCCUCGCCCUUCUCCUUGGCCGCCCCGGACCCCAGCUCCUGGCUGGCCAUCGCCUGCCGCCACGGCCGCGCCCUCUUCCUCCCCAGGAGCCAGGAGGCCAGGAAACUCCUCGUGUGGGAUCCAAUCACGGGCGCCCAGCACCUCGUGCCUGUGCCCGCGGCGUCGGAGUGCCGCUACUUGACUGCGGCGGUGCUCUGCGCGGCCGAUGGAUGCGACCAUCGCGGCUGCCUCGGGGGCCCUUUCCACGUGCUUUUCGUCUUCCCCUACGAGGACCACGGCGAGUAUGGCACGUCGGCGUGCGUGUACUCGUCGGAGACCGGUGCCUGGGGCGAGCCGACCUCGACGCGCGAUAGGUUAAUGGGAUGCAUACAAUAUUCAUCCGUUGUGGUUGGCAGCUCUCUGCUCUACUUCGUCUUGUACGACUACCAGGAGAGUUGGUCGAUCCUGGAGUAUGAUCUGUCAAGGGGCUCCCUGACUGUGUUCAGUGCACCGGACGUCCACUGCGACUGCCUGUAUAAUCUCAUGCUCACAGAGGACAAUGGGCUGGGAGUAAUCCAACACUUGCAUCCGCAUCUCAAAUUGUGGACAAGAGAGGCGAGUGGUGGCACCGAGGCACGAUGGGCGCUGAGCCGGGUCAUCGACCUGCCCAAUUUGCUCCCAACUAGUGCUUGCUUGGACGAAAGUAAUAGAGUGCUAGUGGUGGGCUUUGCCGAGGGAGCAAAUGCCAUUUUCGUUAGUACGAUUGCUGGCAUCUUCGCAAUUGAGCUGCAAUCUGAGCAGGUGAGGAAGGUGUGCGAUCAAUGUUGCUUCCUUAAUGUGGUUCCAGUUGUCACCUUCUACACUCCCAUGUCCCGACGCAACCACCAAAAUCUGUUGCUGUCGAAGCCUGGUGAGGAGGCAGGUGGUGAGGAGGGUGGAGAGGAGGAGAAAACAGUAAAUCAGGCUCAACAACUGGCCGACCAUGGUUCCAAUGCUAUCAAGGAGGGAGACUUUGUCAACACUUCCGAAAGCAUCCGCCACGACCACAAUAUCAGUUGAUGGAACUUUGACAAGGAUUAAGGCACCAAAAGUGGAUUGACACCUCGAAGAAGUGAUGUUCAAGACUUGGUAUGAAGAUGGUGUAGUAAGUAAGAUUCUAUGAUGCAAGGCUGCUGAGGGUGUGGAUUAAUCUCCUAGAACUUGAAAAACUAUUUGUAUCUGGUACACCUGUGAUAGUUCAUGUACAAUGAUGUUUAACAUUGGAACGGUCCGGGAUCUGUUUGAUCUAUGCCCCCUUCAACGUCUUUAUGAAAAUUUAGUUCGAUA